AUGAAUAAAACUCUUGAGAGAAAUUAAAAUGGAACUGUAAUUAUGAAUCUAAAGAAUUUGAAAAUCAUAUGUGAAAGAGAAGGAUUAUAUUAAAAUCCAGAAAACAAUGAUACAUUAUAUUUGCAUUUUAAAGGUAAAUAUAUGCUUUACAAUAUUUAGGAUUUGACAAGAUUGAAAAUCUUGAACCAUAUUUUAAUCUUGUUGCUUUAUGGUUAAAUAAUAAUGCCCUAUAAAAGAUUGAAGGAUUAUGUUAACUUAAGAAAUUAAUUAGCUUAUUCUUAAAUCAUAAUUUGAUUGAUAAAAUAGAAAAUAUUUCUGCAUUAUAAGAUUUAGUUACUUUAAAUUUAAGUCAUAAUUCAAUAAAGAAAAUAGAAAAUAUAUCUUCUUUAACCAAACUCUAAAAUCUUAAUUUAUCUCAUAAUUUAUUGACUAAUUAUUAAUCAUUAUUAGAAAUUUAAGAUUGUCCAUCAAUAUAAAAUUUAGAUCUUUCAAAUAAUCAUAUUAAUUAUGAAGAAUCUAUAAUUACAAUAUUUCAAUAGACAUAUAUUGGAUGUUUAUAUUUAAAAGCAAAUACUUUUGGUAUAUUUUUAUUUUAAUAAAAUUAAGUGAGAGAAUGUCCAAAUUAUAGAAAAACUAUUAUUGUUGCAAUAAAAGCAUUAUAAUUUUUAGAUGAUAAACCAGUAACACCUGGUGAACGUAAAAUUAGUGAGGCUUGGUCUAUUGGAGGAAAAGAUGCUGAAUAAUAAGAAAGAGUAUCUUAAAUUGAAAUUAAGAGAGAAUAAGAUCAUUAGAUAUAUUUAUAGACUUUAGAAAGAUAAUAGAAAGGUGAAAUAAGAAAUUAAUUAUUAAACAAAUAAUAAAUAUUAUGCAAAGAAAUAAGGUAAUUAUAGAUUUAGUAUUUUGAUGGGGAAGAAGUUGAUGAUUUGAUUGAAUAAAAAGAAAAUGAAUUAAAAAAUGUAGAAUUUGAAUUAGAUAAAUAUUAAGUUGACACUAUACUUCCUCAUCAAUGUUUUUUAACCACAAAGGAUGAUGAAGGAAACACAGUCAUUUUAAAUAAAACUGAGGACGUAAAAAUAUUAAUAUGAAAAAAGGAAGCCAAAUAAAUAAGGGACAGAUAUUUCAAUUAAGAAAUGUAAUAAAUAAAUCAAAAAUGUGAUAAUAAUAAUGUUGAAAAUUAAUUAAAUAAUUAAAAAUAUGAACCAUAAGAAGAACAAGAAGAAUGUUUAUAAUCAAAUAAAUAAUCUAAAUUUAUUAUUAAUUUAGAUUCUGGUCCUUAAAUACCAAAAGUUGAUACUAAAGCAUAAUAAUUAAGAGAAUAUAAAUAAAAGAGAGAAGGUUGGACAAUUGAUCAUGAUGAUUUAUUAGAAAAUCUAUUAAUGUAUCAUUAAUUUAAUUUUGAUGCUGUAAGUGAUGAAUUUAAAAGAAUUAUGGCAUAUGAAGAUUAAGAACUUAAAUAUUUAGAGCCUGAAGAUUUAAGAAUAAUUUGGACAUAUAUUGAAUUGUCAAAAUAUAGAAAUAAAAUACCUUAAAAUCUAGAUAGGAUUGAGUGA